UGAUUUGCUUGAUCAGAAAUUUGACAUAUGUUACUCAGCCAAUCAAUGGCUUUGACAGACUUCCACUACCAUUGGAGACAACUCCAGGACCUGAUCUAGCAAGAAUUAAAUGGUACAGGAAUAUAUUAGCUCAUCAUGAUAGUAACACAAUGGCCACUGUUGAUUUCAAUACAGCAUGGAGUAAUAUAUCUGAUGCAGUAAGUAGGUUGGGUGGUCAGCCAAUGAAUCAAGAGUGCCAAAAUUUAAAGGUGAAAAUCUUAGAUCAGUCAAAUCAGGAAAUCAUGCUGGAAAUCAAACAAUCACAGGAAAAGAUAAAAGAUUUCGGACAAACAGUGGAUAUUUUGGGGACGAAGCACUCAGAAGUGACGGAAAAUCUGAGGAAGUUACAAGUUUCCCACAUUACUUUACAGACUGAAUAUACGGAAGUCACAGAACUUUUGAAAGACCCAAUAGCGUGGAACAUCAGAGGUCAAAUUAAAGAGGAUUAGAAACUUGGAAAGAAGAUGACAAAAUGUUUAUAGAAACAAAUGGAGCAAUAAGUGUAUUAAAAUGUAUCAAAGAAAAUGGUUGUGUUGUUGUCACUGGAAGUUCGGGAACAGGAAAAUCAUCAUUGAUGCGUCAUGUUGCUCUACGAAUGCAAGAAGAAGGCUAUGUAAUUUUACCGGUAACAAACCCUGGAAAAAUUAUCAAGUGGUACAAUCCAAGUGAAAAGAUCCUGUUUGUUGUUGAUGACUUUUGUGGAACAUAUACCAUAAAUCCUAUGAAGUUAGAAAGCUGGAAAAAUCUGAUGGAAAAAAUCAAAACAUUAAUAGAAAAAAAAACAGUCAAGCUAAUCAUGUCUUGUAGACUUCAGGUUUUUAAGGAUGAAAAAAUGAAGUCUUUAUCUUUUAAUCAGUCCUGUGAAUGUAAUCUUUUGUCAGAAGAUAAACACUUAUCAGAAACAGAAAAACAAUCUAUUGCUGAACUUUACUUGAAAUCAAACGCGUCUAAGAUCAAGAAAUUUUAUGACAUGUUUGACUGUUUUCCUCUUUUAUGUCAAUUGUACAGCAAAAACAAAAAUCUGGUAAUAGAAGAUUUCUUUAAGAAUCCAUUUACAGUUUACAAAGAAGAGAUAGAUAAAUUACAAACAGAGGGAGCACAUGUCAAAUACUGUGCACUUGCUCUAUGUGUCAUGUUUAACAAUUGUUUAAAAGAAGAAUGGCUCACAAAAGAUGUCGAUAAAGAUAUCAAAACAAUUAUAAAGAACACAUAUGAAGCCUGUAAAGUAGUAAAAGGAACAUCUCGAUUGGUUCUUCGUGAUGAGCUGGAUUCACUUACUCAUACAUUUAUCAGAAAGGAUGGUGAUUCAUACAGAACUAUUCAUGACAAGCUGUUUGACUUUCUUGCUUUUUACUUUGGCAGUGUGAUGAUUUAUUGUUUAAUUAAUAAUGCUUCAAGUGAUUUUAUUCGUGAAAGGUUUGUUUUUGAAAAAAAAGACAAAAGAGAUAAAUUUUUAAUAGAUGUAUCAGAAAGAUAUCAACAAAUGUAUAUAAAUAGAUUGAUAGAUGACUGGUUUAGACGAAAUAUAGUAGAUGUCUUCUGUAACAUCAAUAUGGAUGAUCAAAUCUUCAGACAAAGAUUCCUUGUACAUAUAAAAGGUUUAGAAAUAUCAAAACAGAAACAAUUAACAAGUCUAUAUAACACACACAACAAUAGCACUCCAUUGAUACAGUGUUGUUAUAUAGGAGAUAUUGAUCUGGUUGCAUGGUGCUUAUAUCAUUGUUACAGUAAUGUAAACCAUUGUCGUGAUAAUGGAACAUCACCUCUGUACCUUGCUUGUCAGGAAGGACAUACUGAAGUAGUAAAUAUGUUUCACAAUAAGGCUGACAUUAAUAAGUGUAGAGAUAAUGGAUCAUCACCUCUGUACAUUGCUUGUCAGGAAGGACAUACUGAAGUAGUAAAGAUGUUAAUAAACAAUAAGGCUGACAUUAAUAAGUGUAAAGAUACUGGAUCAUCACCUCUGUUCAUUGCUUGUCAGGAAGGACACACUGAAGUAGUACAUAUGUUAAUAAACAAUCAGGCUGACAUUAAUAAGUGCAGAGAUAGUGAUGGAAUAUCACCUCUGUUCUUUGCUUGUCAGGAAGGACAUACUGAAGUAGUACAUUUGUUAAUAAACAAUAAGGUUGACAUCAAUAAGUGUAAUAAUGAAGAAGCAUCACCUCUGUGUAUAGCUUGUAAGAAAGGACAUACUGAAGUAGUACAGAUGUUAAUAAACAAUAAGGCUGACAUUAAUAAGUGUAAAGAUAUUGGUGCAUCACCUCUGUUCAUUGCUUGUCAAGAAGGACAUACUGAAGUAGUACAUAUGUUAAUAAACAAUAAGGCUGACAUUAAUAAGUGCAUAUAUACUGGAGCAUCACCUCUGUUCAUUGCUUGUCAGGAAGGACAUACUGAAGUAUUACAGAUGUUAAUUGACAAUAAGGCUGACAUCAAUAAGUGUAGAGAUAAUGAUGGAAUAUCACCUCUGUUCUUUGCUUGUCAGGAAGGACAUACUGAAGUAUUACAGAUGUUAAUAAACAAUAAGGCUGACAUUAAUAAGUGUAGAGAUACUGGAUCUUCACCUCUGUUCAUUGCUUGUCAGGAAGGACAUACUGAAGUAGUACAGAUGUUAAUUGACAAUAAGGCUGACAUUAAUAAGUGUAAAGAUGCUGGAAUAUCACCUCUGUUCAUAGCAUGUAAGGAAGGACACGCCAAAAUAGUACAGUUGUUGAUGAACAAUAAGGCUGACAUUAAUAAGUGUGUGAAAUCAGGAGAAUCCCCUUUAUUGAUAGCAUGCUAUACAGGUCAUAUGGAGAUUGUUGAAUUGUUAUUAUCACGUAAAGCAGAUUGUAAUGUUAAAUGGAGUGGACUUACACCACUAGAUAUCGCAAGAAGAGAAAAUCAUACCAAUAUUAUACAUUUAUUACAAAAACAAAAGUAAUAUACAUUAGAAGAUAGGCGAACAUUGAAAAUUAAUAAAACUAUUCUGCUAAUUAUAUGGUUAAACACAAAGGGCUGUCGUCAUUAGAUAUAACUGCUAGCUAGAGGAGAAGUUGAUACCAAUGUUGUUUGUUUACUAAAAGGAUAAAAAAAAAAUGGGAUGUGUAUACUAAACAGCAUUAUGAUUUUACA